AUGAAUACCAAAACCUGUUCUGGAGUUCCUGUUGUUGGAGCACACGGCGAUUCUUGGGUUUAUCAAUCUCAAGCUUGUAGCUUGUUAAAGUUGCUGCCUUUAUACUUUGCUGCCGCUAUUCUCGAAGCUAUUGACUACGACGUUCAAGAGUGUGGUUUCGCUCGAGUUAUGUCUUCACGCUGCUUCAACCAGAUCCAAGGAAGAAAGACUCUCCGAGAUAAGGAAAACGCAGCCUUCUUCUCCGGUGACAUCAACGCCGCCGUAAAUCACUUCGUCGAAGCCAUCAGUCUUGCUAACCAUGUCUGUCCUGAGUCGAAAAGAGCAAUGACCUUCUAUGACGAUGAUUCAUCUACUUCUGGUUUAUCAGAGGAUACCAAAUAUCACGCUUCUCUAAGCCAUGGCAAUGUCUCUGCUUCAACCUCGGCUUCUCUUUCCUUGCCUCGGUCUUGCUCCUCUUCUUGCUGCGUUCUCUCUAAUACUCCCCCGCAAGCUUGGACGACGGUAGACCAAAGUCCAGGCUUGGAAAUAGGAAAGCAUUUUGCCUCUUGA